ACACUCUCAAAGACAGACUAGAGACAGUCUCCACAACGCUAAGGUAUUGGGCUUUCUGUGACAGAGAUCUGGAGCUUCUCUUUAAAACCAAAGAGCAAAAAGCCUAAAAAGCAAAAAGUUAGACUGAGAAGGUUAGACGGAGACAUCGCUUGUCCAGGGGGAUGGAAAACUGAUCCGAGUCCACAAUUUAGAAAACUUUAGUUGGGAGAAGAAGAAAAAAAGAGGAGCAAGGACAAGCCUCAGGAUACUACAGAUUAUGUUGCCAUGGAAACCGAAACUUGGAAGCGGACGCAAGGACCACUGAAGGUGGACAUCCUCCCUUGACUGCAUCCUUGACACGUUACUGUUCCGCUGCGACCUUGUGGUGAGAGAAUGCUGUGGAGAAUAACCAUCCCAGUCAUCCUGGCUGGGGUGUUCUGCAUCACCGCAGAGACCAAGAAGCACCGCCCCCAGGGAUCCAUCCCGUCCCCGCACAAGACCAAAGGGAACCUGUCCUCAGAACGUCACCACCGGCUCUUGCAGCAGAAGCCAGAGGUGCUGUCCUCCAGCCGAGAGGCCCUGGUGGUGACGGAGCGCCGCUACCUUCGCAGAGACUGGUGCAAGACCCAACCCCUCCGUCAGACGAUCAGCGAGGAGGGCUGCCGCAGCCGCACCGUGGUCAACCGCUUUUGCUACGGCCAGUGCAACUCCUUCUACAUUCCCCGCCACAUGGGGCCGAACUCGGGCGAAGGACAGAAUCGAGGCCAAGCCUCGGGCUCCGGAAGGAAAAGCCACAACAACAAGGCCCAGGAGCCGUUCCAGUCCUGCUCCUUCUGCAGGCCGCACCGCAUCACGCAGCUCACGGUGCGGCUCGACUGCCCGGAUCUGCAGCCCCCGUUCAGACACCGUAAGGUGCAGAGGGUCAAACAGUGCCGCUGCAUGUCCGUAGAUGUGAGCGGCAACGGGAAACUGUGAAGGACGAAGGCGGCCUUUGGAAGUUUGAACGACACGUUAUCUGUCAAGAGGCAGACAUUCACAAACUUUGCCAAACAAGGACCGGCUCCGAGCCGAACCGUGCCUCGAAACACAGAACUGGUAUUACUAAACAGAGGCUCAACGAUGAUCUAAUCAGAGACUAGCAGCCAUGUUGGCAAGCUGAUGCUGUUGAAAGAGGCCGAGAGACGCUGAUGAUGAAACAUGAAGCCAGUUUCCCCUCCCGGUUGUUUCUAGUUUAUAUCAAACUGACCAUUCCUACAUUUGUCAUUCGAUUCCUUUGCGAUAAAGGAGAGAAAGCGCCUUGGAGUUUUUUAAACUACAAAUCAUAAAGGAUCAUGUUGAUAAUUCAGCGUUUUAGAGAAACCGUAGAACUAGUGUGACCCCCAUUAAUGUAAUAAGACGUGUUUAUAUGCAGGUGGAUUUACAGUAAUUACAGUUUGCCACAAUGUUUUAACGUGUUUUAUAAGUAUUGUUUCUGUUAUCCUGUAUCUUUCCUUUGACUUAUAUUACAUCCCAAAUGAUACACAAGCUGAUGUAAAGGAAAGGAUUUCGAAAAACAUGAAGCAACACAGCAAUGACCAGUGGAAUCCACCUGCUUGGACACAAGCCUGGCUGUUUCCUGUACAUUUGCCAAAUAUACUAGCCAGUAGGAAAAAAAACAUACUGCAGCAUGUGUAAUGGAGGUGCAAUGCAAUAUAUACAGUAUAUAUAUAUAUAUAUAUAUGUGUAUAUAUAUUUUAUGUACGUGUGCAAGAAUAUGUGAAAAGUAUAUUAAAUCUAUUUCAUACAAAACA